GGGAUAGCUCGAUUUUCAUUCGAUUCGGCCUCUUCAAACAACUCGGAAGUCCGUCCAGAAAAAAGGUUCACUACUAACUAUUCAUUUUCUAAAAAUUUGUACGGCUCUUUAUAAAAGUGUCAGUGAGCAUGGACGGCUUCUGUGGUAACAACAGUUGCAGCUUCAGCAGAGGCUACUUGCAAGGACCGAAAACCAACAACUGUGGAUCCUGCUGCAAUUGUCCUGGCGGCCAUUGUCCCCGAAUGGAGGCGGGCGGUAGUGGCAACGGGGCGCGAGGGCAGAGUCAGUUCGAAUGUCCUGGUGGCAACUGUUGCCCUGGUGGACGCUGCCCUGCUGGAAAGGCGCACUUUAAUCAAGGCUGGCAGAGCGGGAGACGCUAGCACCAAACAGCUAGCUAUCCCGCCACACUCGGCAACCUCCAUUGAAAUCGACUACCUCCCACCGGCACACUUAGAAAAAUUGUAAUUCAGAUAAAUUUAACGUGGUGAAAAGGC